UCGGUCUACCAUGGAUUCUUCAACAUUCCUUACUAAGCCAAUUACUCUCACUGGUUUUGCGGAAAUUGUAUUAUGCUGGUUUGGCAACAUGAAUAUACUUUUCAGCCAUGUAAAUGCCCAUUGUGUCGUCGUCCAAUUACGUUGUUGGUUCCCAAUGAGUCUUCAUUAAGGGAGCGUCAUAAUCCUGCAGUUGCUGAGGUUUUGGGAAAAGUUGAAACCUAUAACCGUUAUUUUGGAAGACAUAGAAGCAGUCUGAUUCAGAGAAUGCAAGACCUUCCUUUCCUGCUUCGGCGGUUGUUAAGGGAAAUGAUGGAUCCUCGGAGAUCACUUCCUCUUGUCAUCAGAGCACGUGUGUACAUUGCAAUGAUGCUAAGUGCAGUUUAUGUACUUAGUCCAGUAGAUAUAAUUCCAGAAGGAAUACUGGGGAUAGUUGGUCUCUUGGAUGAUCUCCUCAUAAUCUUGGUCUUUUUUCUCCAUAUUGCUGCUUUAUAUCGGUCAGUACUCUAUUUUCGGCAUGGAGGUAGUUCUUCAACUUAGCUGUGGAUCAGUGGUAUGACCCUCUUAUCUAGAAAAGGUAGCUCAGAGAGAGCUUAAAGGAAAUGUUACGGGGAUGUGAUUUUGUAGAUAAAUCUAUUGCAUGGUGUAUACUCUUCUGCAUUAUGUUGUUAUUGCUCUCCCCAUUUUGUUGUUGUUUUUCACGAUACAGUUUCAUUUAGCUAGUUGAAUAGGAAUAUGAUGAUGGAACUACAGAAAUUAGAAUUUGCUUCUCUUGCUUUUUUUUUACUACAGAAAUUAGAAUUUGCUUC